AUGGGUUCACCACUCAGCAAGAUUGCAUCGUACUUUCCUCAAAAGGAGGAGAUGCGUGUACUAAUUGUAGGUCUCGAUGCGGCUGGUAAAACGACUGCUCUCUAUAAUAUGAAACUAGGCGAAGUCGUGACAACGAUUCCUACGAUUGGUUUUAAUGUUGAAACAAUCGAAUAUAAAAAUAUUGCAAUGACAGCUUGGGAUGUUGGUGGUCGUGGCAAAAUUCGACCCCUAUGGCGGCACUAUUACCAAAAUACUCGAGCUCUUGUUUUUGUUGUCGACUCAAAUGAUCGAGAGAGAGUAAAUGAUGCAUGCGAGCAGUUGAAUUCGAUGCUCAAUGAAGAUGAACUCCGAGAAGUACCUCUUCUCAUAUUGGCUAAUAAACAAGAUUUACCAAAUGCAAUGUCACCUAGUGAAUUAACGGAUAAGCUUGGUUUGGAAAAAUUAACUCAUGACAGAAAAUGGUAUAUACAACCGACAGUAGCCACGAAAAACCAAGGACUUCGAGAAGGUUUUGAAUGGCUGUCAGACGCAUUGGCAAACAAAAAUGUAGAUAUUUUGCAACCACUAAUAGAAACAGCAAAAGAUUCGAAAGUGAUGAAAGACGAUAUUCUGUCGAUAUUUCAUUCGAUCAGUCUGAAGCAAGUUUUUGCUAAAUUUAUUCAACAUUGA